AUAAUCGAACUGCGCCGUUAUUGUUUCUCAGUUCUCAGUAACCCGUGAAACUCUCGCCCCAUUUCUUUCAUCCAUCUGUCAUAAAAUUUUCCUUCAAGGUGUAUGUGUGUGUGAGGGUGAGCACGAUGAUCGGCACAACGAGGUCCCCUAACGUGAUUUCCUCCAUCAAGUAAAAAGCGUGUAAUUACAACAAGGGGGCGUUUACAGAUCGGAUUGUAGAAAUUGAUAUGGUAAUACGCCGGCGCUCCAAUAACACAGCCAGAACCACGUGACCUAGGGGCUGUGUGGUUGGGUGUCUGCCAUACGCGACUAGUGUAGUUUAUAAAAGUAGGUGUUUCAAUUGGGGAGAGGAACAAUUGACAGACUGGGUGGUCGUGCUCGGAUCUCACAGGGACUGGGAUCAUCUCCGAUAAAUUUUCCGAGCUAACACCUCGCUAAUUACUCAGGAACAGAGGAUCCAAAGCUGCAGAGCGCUCUUGGGAAUCGAUCCUGAUCUUAUCAGCGAGAAUUAUCACAACAGUGUGUCGAUACAGCACUGUGUUCGCGUAUCUAUACACACGCGUACACAUACAUAGACACUCACACUGAUAGAAAGGUGUUUCAGCGUGUGUAGUGUGCCUGGCAGAUUUUCCCUAGGAUCUAUACAGGGGAUCGAACGCUGGCGAUGCGUUGCGACAUGGAAAUCACGGGGACUCCACACCAGAAAGCCGAAGACGCUGAAAUCUUGCGUCAGAACUCGCCUAAACAACGCCUAGCACCCUCCCCACAGCAGUGUCUACAGGAAAGCAUGACCACUAGUAAGGUAUCACCCGGGGUCUCUGCCGGGGAAUCCUACGGUGGAUCUGAUGGAGAGGAAGAUUUUGCUCACAGUGACUAUCACGAUAUUGACUAUAAAGAUUAUGAUGACUGUACCGACAAGGAGUUAGAAGGGAUGGAGAAUGAUUCAGAUUGUCAUGCGGACGGCGCCGACGAUGAUGAUGAUGCAGACCCCAAAAACGAGUCCGCAGAGAACGGGAGAGACAAAAAGAAUAAUCUUGUGAAGCCGCCAUAUUCUUACAUAGCUCUUAUAACCAUGGCAGUGCUUCAGUCUCCCAGGAAGAGGCUCACUCUCAGCGGAAUCUGUGAGUUUAUCAUGAACAGGUUUCCCUAUUACAGAGAACGUUUCCCUGCCUGGCAAAACAGCAUCAGACACAACCUCUCUCUAAAUGACUGCUUCCUUAAGAUACCCCGCGAGCCGGGCAACCCUGGAAAGGGCAAUUACUGGACCCUAGACCCCGCCAGCGAGGAUAUGUUUGACAACGGCAGUUUUCUGAGGCGAAGAAAACGCUACAAACGCAUCACGCCCGAUCUCAUGCACCAACCCACGGCGUUCCUGCCCACCCACCAUCCUUACGGCCAGGCGUUCUUGGGGAUGCAUUCCCACCACAACCUUCCUGCGCAUCUGCACCCCCAUCACCAGGGGCUCCCAGGGCCGUAUGCGCACUUUAUGGCACCUCUCCCUCCCCCCGUGUCUUUACUACCACCGCAAGAUAUCGCCCGGGCUUCAGCUCUCAGUUCCAUGAGUUUAGGACUUAAUAGCCCGGCGUUACAGAGUCUGCAAAAUACCAUUUCCGAGGGCUCGUUUCCUUUAAAAACAACCGUCUCAACAGGGACAAUGUUAUCCUCAUCCUCAUCCAACUCUUCAUCAGCAACUUCUUCAAAGUCUAUAGCCACGAAACCCGGGGGAGGUUUCACCAUUGACAGUUUAAUCGGAAACAAUAAGUCUACUCCGAAUAACGGCAGAUCGCCGCUGGCCAGCGGUACAGCGGUCAGUGGGGGUGUUGUUUCGACAGUUUUACCGGCCUCUUCGGCCCUGUCGUCCCUGAGACCGGCCUACUACGAGCACUUCGCACGCGGGCCCGGUUCAAGCGCGUUCAGUGCCCCUCUUCCCGUUGGAAUCUCAGCCAUAUCGGCACUUGAGCUUGAAAAAUACAGACAUUACAUGCAAUAUUACAGUUCCACAGCAGGGUGGCAGCGAUGAAAUCUAUAUUCAUGCAUGGACUUUUAAAAAAUAGGGCGACCGAUAAACUUAUGCCAAAGAUUACCAAUUCAUAGAUGGUAUUUUUACUGUCUCAUUAUUAUCAGCAACGUUGCUCAAAAUCACGAAAUGUACUGGCAGACAGGCUUGAGUGUUGAUAUUUGAUUUUUACAUAACAUUUUAAACUAACUCUGAAGCAUGAACAAUAAUGUUUGCAAAGACUUGGUAAAGUAUUAUACAUACUGACUGUGACAGGGAAAGUUUCUGUUUAAAAUAAUCUGGAAUAAUUUUGAAGAAAAUACCCGUCUGGUUCAAGUUGGCGGACGUUGCCUCAUUCAUACGGUAAGGAAUUCAUUCAGGGAUAUAAAAAAAUAACAUGAUGAUUUAGAAUGUCCGCAUAAAUUGGAUAAUUAAUGUGAAAUAUUUCUAUCGAAAAGCUGGAAUUUUUGCUUUAUUAUUUUUAUCUCCUUUUCAAUCCUAAC